CCACCCGUGACGUCUCGCCCAGAAGUGUAGUCCAGGGUAUACGCUGGUAUACGGCGUAUACCUACUUAUUUUUCAGUCAGCAUUGCGUAUACCCACUUCUAAAUCCCCCCCUGAUGCGCACCGGUCAGUAAUAUCUGUGAGCCAUGACCCACCCUCCUCUGCCUCUAAUUGGCUGGUACUCGCUGCUUUCACUGAUGAGAUUGGUUAACUUUAGGCAUGAGGACUGAUGAGCCAAUCAGAGGCAGAGUAGGGCGGGUGCCGCAGGUCAUGCCGAGGAAAAUAUCACUACUACCUCAGGUGCCAGUGAAAAAAAAAAAAAACUUGACUACAAUAACGGCAGCAGACCAAACAACAGAUGAAGAAACAACACAAGCGGCGGUGUGCCACCCCAGUUGAUGGAAGACAUAAUUCUGAGACAUCAAUAAUGACUGGCCAGACCUGUGGAGUGCUAAACAAACAGAAGACUUCAAAUCCAAGAACCCAUGGUUGGGAUCCAAAAACAAAAAAUUGGGAUGUCUGGUCUGUAGCAGUGUGAACUCCAUUGGGAUCGACAAGGAGCAAGGUGUAUCGCUCUCAAGAGAAUGGAUGAACUUUGAAAUUCAAGUGUCUGGCCAGGGAAGUAGAACAACAAGUUUGUCAGUCUUGAGAAAUAAGGUGAGGAAACAUGCGUUGUCCAAGGCCCACACUCAGGCUGUGAAGGUGGCAGAGCAACAGAAAGAAGCUGCCAUUGAGAAUGCAGUGGAGACUAUGACUGAGUCCUACAUGAAGGAAACUGAAGCUGUGUUUCGAACAGCCUACCAUCUGGCCAAAAAUAACCGACCCUUUUCUGACCAUGAAAGCCUCAUUGAGCUGCAGGAACUGAAUGGUGUAAAAAUGGGCUCAAUACUUCAUUCACGUUACAGUGCAACACAAAUAAUACAACAUGUUGCUAGUGAGAUGCAGAACAAAAUCAUCAGUAGCAUUAUAGCAUCAUCCAGUAAGUUAGCUGUCCUAAUUGACGAGGCAUCUUCUUUAAGUCACAAAGCUGUCAUGACAGUUUCUAUUAAAGCAUCAAUUCAAGAAGAAAGUCCUGAGUUCAUAUUCCUGGAACUUGUUGAACUGGAAAAUCAGAGAGCAGAUGGCAUAGUACAGGCGUUACUCGCCUGUUUAACUAAUGCUGGCUUUACAGAAGAGUGGCUUCAUGAAAACUGGGUAACAUUUGUAUCUGAUGGAGCCAGUGUCAUGCUAGGAAAGAAGUCAGGAGUAGCAACCAGACUGACUUCGAGAUUCCCAAAGCUUUUUGUAUGGCACUGCAUGAACCAUAGACUUGAACUUGCUGUGUCAGAUGCAGUUGAUGAGGUAAACUCUGUCUAUCACUUUAAAACUUUUAUCCAGAAGCUAUACUCUCUGUAUAGUAUGUCAAACAAAAAUGAACGUGAACUUGUAAAUGCAGCAGCUGAAGUAGGCUCACAACUUCUUCGCAUUGGCAGAAUCUUGGAUGUACGCUGGGUGGCCAGUAGCUUUCGGACUGUUCGUGCUGUUUGGACAUCCCUGGGAGCUCUUGUGCAGCACUUUAAAAAUGCUUGCAGUGAUGAGAUGAGGUCCACCAAAGAGAGGCAGAUGUACAGAGGUUUGUUAGACCGUGUUCAGAGUCCAGAAUUCAUUUGUGACCUUGGCCUCAUGUACGACACUCUCCAUGAACUAAGUCUCCUGUCACAGGAGCUUCAGUCUCGUUCUAUAACUCUCCUCAGAGCAGAGCAUCUGCUGAAACGCUCAAUCAGAGUGAUCCAGUCAUUCAAAGAGAGUCCAGGUGAGAAAUAUAGUGAGGCUUUAGAAGCAAAACAGACUGGGGAGUAUCGGUCUAUAGCCCUGAAAACAAAUGCAAAGCUGAAGUCUAUCAAUCCAGGCCAGUUCUUACAAAGCCUUGUGAACAAUCUGGAGAAACGCUUGUCUUUUGAAGAUGAGACCAUCAUGGACCUCAGCAUCCUUGAUCAGAGUAAGUGGCCAUCAAAGCCCAGCAUCCGCCAUGGUGAAGAACAAGUUAAGCGACUGUGCAAGCGAUUUAACUUGUGCACAGACCAAGCACUGAAUGGGAUGCGGGACCUACUGGAAGAGCCCAGUAGUGAGCCCAAGGACCUAAAACCACUUAUGAACUGUAUGAAAACAUUCCCUGUCAGUACAGCAGAGUGUGAGAGGAAUUUUAGCCUUAUGAACAAUAUAAGCUCAGACAAGAGGGCUGUCCUUCUGAUCUCAAACAUAUCAAACUUGAUGAUGAUUAAUAUCAACGGCCCACCAACUUCCAAGUUUGAUCCUAGAAAAUAUACAAGGACCUGGUUGAAGAGCCAUCGUGCUGCCUCUUCUGUGCGUUCUAGAAAGUGCAGUGUGAAAGCUCCUGCAGAAAGCAAAUUUGUCUGGAAUAUACUGUAGUAUGAGCAAAGGUCAGAAACCCAGUGCUGGGUUGAGAGAGUAUAUCACUGUUGAUGUGUUGUUAAUGCAUAUAUUUUUGUUAAUUGUUAACUAAAUAUUGUUGUAACAUAUUAUUUUGUUGAAUGAUUUACUGGUAAAUGAACAUGUUAAAAACAAAGCAUUAAUUCAAAAAAUGAUGAUAUUCAAUAUUUGUAGCAAUAUUUAUAUAUAUCUAACGAAGUAUUCAGCUAUUGAAAACCAAAUAAUUUCAAUUUUGACAGUGCACUUUUAAGUUUAGCUGAUUGGCUUUGAUGUUUGGAAGAGAAUGAUUUGUGUGUUUUAUUUAAGAUGAAAUAUGAACAAGGAUGCAUUGUCAACAUCAGAUUUGAAGUAUUUUAUUUAAAUAAAUGUGCAAAAAAUAAUCGAAACACCAUGCUUGCCUCAUGAUAAAUACAUUUUACAUUCAUCCAGGCUGCUUGUGUGACCAGUAGUAACUACAAACUGCUCCUAAUCAAGUCAUGAUCAUUUUAGUGAGCAAGUAGAAAUUACAGAUUUUUGGGUAAACUAAAUCAUAGUCUUACAUGUCACUGUUUCUAAAACAGGGCUUUUUUCUGGACUACUUAAAAAAAAAACUAAAAAAAAAACGUGAAAAAUGAGAGUAUACCCACUUCUCCAGGGACCACUACACCACUGGUCUCGCCCAUCCUUUGGACAGAUUACAUUUGUAUCAGAGCGCGGUCACGCUGGAGGCGUUCCCCUAGCGUUCUUGGACGCAGCUCGAGUUCCUGAAGAGGAACA